GCGUGCAGCAGUAACGAGAAGGUGUGAUGGUGGGAGAGGAUGGCUGAGGGACAGGCUGAGGACGCUCCGCUGCUGGGGGGCGGUGACUCCCUGUCUCCAGGAGACUGUUCCCCCGAUCGCCACCCUGGCGUGGGCGGGACCCCUGCUGUGUGGCCAGCCCCCACCUCCGCCCACACUGCCGGAGCCCAGGUGCCGCAGCCCUGGCCCCCGGACGCCCAGGUGCCGCAUGCCUGGCCGCCGGACACGUGGGUGCGGGGGCCGCACCUGGACACGCUGCACGUGCCCGACCAGGCCGACACGCCCAAGCUGGUGCGGUCGCAGUCUAGCAUGGACAGCGGGUGCGAGUGUGACGCAGGCGACGGCGACGCUGCCGCAGGCCACGACGCGCCGCCGCCGCACCCACAUCAUCAUCAGGCCGCAGGCGGCGACCCUGCAGGCUUCUCGCCGCUCUCGCCGUCUCAACCGGGGGGCUCUGGGCCGCCCACCCCGGGGCCCAGCACCCAGGUGGUGGUGCUGGUGACGCCCACCGCCCACUACGCCCACACCCACGAGGCGGAGGUGGGCCGAGGUGGGCGUGGCAACAACCAAAGCUGUGUCUGUGAUAUCGGCGUGGGGCAGGCCGCCCGGGCCGCCCACGCCGACUCCCAUACCAAAGUUACCUUCAUGAUAGAGGACGACGACGACGACGACUUCGACCACGACGGGUGUGGAGCGGGGGCGGGGAUGAACGCCAUCGAGACAGCCUCACUGAGCGGGUCGGAACCUGGCGAGGACUUCAAAGAGCAGCUUCGACACCACGCUGCUCCGGGCUUCCCCCGCGUGCCCUCCUACUCCAGGACAGGAGUGUUAUCAGCAUCAUCAUCAACAGCAUCAAUGCCCAUGUGCCGCAUAUGCCACCACCCACAAGGUGACGGCCUCGACACACUCAUCUCGCCCUGCAGAUGUGCCGGCACAAUGCAGUUCAUCCACCAGGGCUGCCUUAACAAAUGGUUAGAAGUCAAAAGGUGCAAAAAGGCUCCAGCUUGCGAGUUGUGUAACUACCAGUUUCACAGACACAAGAAGUUUAGAGUAAGCAAACAGUUUUUUAAUUCUGGCAGAUAUUAUUUGUAUCCAAUUUUAACUUGACAGGUGAUGAAUACUACUGCCAUAUUUCUGUAUACCUAAUUAUAUGGCCUGUUGUAGUAUGACAUACUGUACAUGGUUUGACCAAACUUGAUUGGCUCAUCUUUCUUUUACAGUAUAUUCUUCAAGUAUUUACUAAUUUAUUCUCUCCUAUUGUUGUUAAAAUGUUCAGUUCCUAUGCAGGGUGAGAUGCUGAGGCUAAUUUCCUUACACCUAAUGCGACUGUUCUCCUUGAAGUAAAUAGACACCUGAAAGUUAGGCAGCUUUUAGGUUACAUCCUUUGGAACGACUCACUGGUCGAGGGCAGUGGUUCCCAAACUUUUUUCUAAGGGAAUAAACAUUUGGAAUAAACAUUUUCUUGCACCACACCAAAUUUUCCAUUGAUAAGAGAUACAGUACAUUAAAAACAAAAAACAACUUUUAGUGCUUCAUUCAUAACAUAGAACACAACUGUUUUAUAAUAUGAUCACAGGACAUCCAAAAAGUGUAAAACAAUGCAGUUACAUAAAAACAUGAUUGGUUCCUAAAAUAUACCUUGUUACCUCGUGUGGCAGAGCCCACACGAGGUAUCGGGAUUCUCGAUCUUGUACUAACAUCAGAAGAGGGCAUGAUAGAUCAAAUUCAGGUAAGGGAAACAUUUUGUGUGAUCACCAUAUUAUAAGAUGGAUUACAAAUAUAGAAACCCACAUAAAGGUCCAUGAUAAGGACUUUCUAGAUUAUUCUUCUCGGAGACUUUCAAGGAAUGAGAGAGGAACUGCAGAACAUCUCCUGGAGGAAGCUGAUAAGUGAAAUGGGGAAAUUUUAAAAAGGUCAUCAUCACUGAACUCUUUCAAAAAUGUGUGCCAAAAAAGGAGAAAGAAAAGAAAAGGGCAGCAAACUCUUUGAAUUAAUACUUUUAAUCAGUGUUCACAUUGGCCUGCGGGCCACUCCAAGCAACAGCCUGGUGGACCGAGCUCUCACAAGUCAAGCCUGGCCUCGGGCUGAGCUUGGGGAGUAGAAGAACUCCCAAAAUCCCAUCAAGCAGGUAUCAUUUUAUCUAUUAGCAUCCCAUUACCCCACACAAAUGUUUGAAGGAGGUGAAGAGAACGAAUUAAGGGAUACUGUGUACUCAUAACAUGGGACAUAAUUGGGAAGAGCAUAGACAAACUAAAAAGACUCAAAAUCUAAAGCCCCAGUUGUGGAUGGCAUUCAAUCUAAUUUUGUCAAGGAACUGGCAGAUGCUCUAUGCCUAUCACUGAAACUCCUUUUCAGAAAAUCUCUGGACGAAGGGAUAGUUUACCUAUAUUGGACGUAUGCAAUGUCCCCCCCCCCCCACUUCAUUUUCAAAAAAGGCAGAAAGAGCUCGGCAGAAAAUUACUUGCCGAUCAUCUUGACCUCACGUCUGCAGGUUCAUGGAGAUAGUCUUAAGGCAGGGAAUCAUUCACCAUCUUAAAGUGAAAUUCACCUAGUAAAAUCAACACAACAUAAGUUCUGCUUUACAAACCUGCUCACAUUUUUUGAAAUGGUAACUAGCUAUUCAGACAAAGUCCUUCCAGUAGAUGUAGUUUACAUGGACUUUUCUAAAGCUUUUGAUAAGGUACCACAUGAAAGACUAGCAAAGAAAUUACAGGCACAUGGAAUAAAUGGUAGAAUACUAGACUGAAUAAAACAAUAGUUAAAACAAAGAACUGGAGAAGGUAAGUAAUUGAUCUAGGAGCAGCUCAAUAAGUUAAGAGACUUCAUAUCCCUGAUAACUGAAUUCUAAGGGCACCAAAUGAAAAACAAAUAUCUUUUUAUAUUCCUUGAGUGCGACUCAACAAAAGCAGAAAUGCUCUGCAAAUAAAGGGUCUCAAACUAUGGAAUAACCUCCCUAUUGACAUUAAAGAAUGCUCUUCUUUCAACCAAUUUAAAAAAAAAAAAAAAAAAAAAAAAAAACUGAGUUACCUAAUUGUAUGUAACCAAUCUUACUCACCUCUUCACAUCCAUCUGUCAACCUGUGUUUGCUGUUAUGGCCAUCAUUAAUAACUAAACCUGUACUACUGUCAAUAACUGCCUUAUUACAAUUUAACAUUUUGUUAUAUCAUCUGUUUAAUCUCUUCUUCAAUUUAAAAUUAAUUACUAUGUACUGUUGCAAAGUUUACAAUUUUCAAAUAUCUUGUAAUAAUCCUCUCACAUUGUUCAAUUAAAAUUCUCUCCAUCAGCUCAUAAAUAUUAUAUUACAGUAUCUCAUGUAAU